AUGGGUUGUGUAGUGCCCAAAGCUCAGAAAAAGUAAACCGAUUCUAAAACUCCUAAAACAUCCAGUGCUGGUUAACCAAUCUCAUAAGCAGUGAAUGUUUCUUCUGUAUUUGAGGAUACUCAAAAUAUAGAGACAGAUUAUAUUCUCCAUAAGUUGGACCCACUCAUCAGUAUUGUGUACGUAAUAUUGCAAUAGCUCAAAGAAGUUAUAUAAUGAAGGGGGUUUCCAAGUCAAAUACUAUCUCUAGAGUUGUAAGAACCUACAAUUGCGAAAAUAUGAGGAGUGAAUUACUUUAGGAAUUUGAAGAGAAUGUAAAUACUUUAUUGUAGUUGGUAUUGGCUGUGUUUAAACUUUAGAAACAUUUGAACAUCCAAGGGACUAUGUCAUACUAUUGUAAUAAGAAAAGAUUAAGUUUGAUAGGCGAGUACCUUGAAGGUGGGAAUUUGUUAUUGAGAUUGGAUGUAUUUAGUUAGAUGCAACAAUUUGCGAUGAUAGAAAUAUUCUGUUAAAUAAUGGCUGGAUUGCAGUACUUGCAUGAGAAUUAAAUAACUCACGGGUAGAGAGAUUAUGUCAAUAAUAGGGAUAUUCGUUUAGAACAUAUCAUGUUUACAAAUAAAUCAUUGGACAAGAUUAAAUUGGUGGAUUUUGGUAUUUCGAAUUCAAUGAAAUCUUUAAGUACAAACUGGAGAGCAAUAUCAACAAUGCACGAAUUGUCGUUUAGAUCACCUGAGGCUCUCAAGGGUCAAGUAACCAUGAAAUCUGACAUAUGGUCAUGUGGUUGUCUUCUCUAUUUCUUCCUGACAUCUCACAUGCCUUUCCAAGCGAACAACAUCCAGUCCUUAAGAAAUUCCAUUCUCAGAGGAGUGCCUAACUUUGAAGGUUCUGAGUGGAACAACAUUGAUCCUUCUCUGAAAUAAUUAAUUAGUAAGAUGUUACAUCCCAAUCCAUCAUAGAGACCGUCUGCUCGAUAGGUAUUGAAUCACAAUGUGUUUGUUGGGAGAGCUCGGAUUCUCUAGAAUCCCAACAAGACUUUGCAAAGACAUAUGCGUGAUUUCAAAGUAUGCAUAUAGACAUAAUAUGAAGAUAUCAUCUCAGUUGUAAACGGCAAUGUUAAUUUAUAUUGCAGAUAAUUUGAUGUCUGAUGAGGACAAGAAAAAGUUAAUGGAUGAGUUUAUGAAAUUUGAUUUGAAUAAUGAUGGCUAAUUGUCAAAGGAGGAGUUGUUGAGUGUCUAUUCAAGGACAUUGCCACAUGACAGAGCAUUAAAGGAAGUCAAUAAUAUUUUUAAGAAGAUAGAUGCAAAUGGUAGUGGUAAAAUAGAUUACCAAGGUAUAACUUAAUUAUGAAAGGCAGAAUUUGUGAUAGCAACCAUAGAUCAAAAGAAAUAUUUCAACAAAGAAAAACUGAUGAUGAUUUUCUAAUAAAUUGACAGUGAUCACAGUGGUUAAUUAAAUAAAGAGGAACUUAAGAAAUUGCUGAGGGAUAUGUCGAUACCAAUUAAAAAAUAUGAAUAGUUAUCAAGAUAACUGGAUUCAAAUGGAGAUGGCCAAAUCAAUUAAGAAGAAUUCAUAGGAAUGAUGCUUUAAAUUUGA